AUGUCUCACCACCACACAUUCCCCAUCGAACCACUCAGCCACUUCGCAAAUGGGGAUACUGCCAUUCGAAGACCACGAGAGAUCACCUUCUUCUCAUACGAUGAAGACCACAAAUAUCGUCAGGAUGCGUCCAGUCUUCGCUACUACUAUCCUCCAAUCCUCCCAUGCGAUCUCAACAGAGGGUUUGAAACCUUCCGCCAGCUUGAUGAUUCAGCCGACGACCACCUCGACGGACUUCUAGAGGCCAUUAUAGCAUACGAGAAGGAGAAAGGGUCCAAGACCAGCGUAGACAUCAUAACAUGGAGAGGCAUGAUGACCAAGAUUUUGGUGGUUCCAUUUUCGAAACUGGACGAGUGGGAGAUGAAUGCGACUUUUUUCCAGGGCACUCUGUUCAUCGAAGAGAACCACGACAAGAAGCUUUCUUCACGUCAGGAGCAGUCCACAGCACCACGCGGUAGGAACGCCAUGUCCCAAGACCUUAUGAGUUUCUGGGGAUACAAGUUUGAGACCGUUUCGCUUCUACCUGAACCGUGGUCCAUUACCUCACGCGAAUACAUUGAGUCCCGCGAGAACCAAGUGGUGAGCAAUUAUUCUCAGUACUGUUCCAUCGUUCGUACUGGCCUCGGAAACACGAAGAUGGUCAUUGGCGGAGAAGUGGACGCGGUAAUGGAUGUCAAGCCAGAUGACAAGUCUUUGCCUGUCAACUGGGUCGAGCUAAAGACCACCGCUGCUGUCAUCAAUGAGCGCGAACAGAUCAAAUUUGAGAGGAAGCUGUUGAAAUUCUGGGCCCAAUCAUUUUUGCUUGGGGUGCCCAAGAUUAUUGUCGGUUACCGAUCUCCGCAAGGUAUAUUGGAACGCGUCGAGGAGCUCGACACGCAAGCAAUCCCAGACAAGGUCCGACUGAAUGGGCUAAAAAGCGUCAUCACUGAAGAAGGUAUCUGGCGAAUCCGAAAGCAGGAAAAGGUCCCCAGCAUCGAGGUCUUCAAGCUUGAACAGACUGGUCAUGGCGAUAUCCUCUCACCAGCCUUUGUGAAAUGGCGCACAGAAGGCCUUCCUGCGCUACAAGCCGAGCAAGACACCGCCUUUCCCGCCACCAUGCAAAGUUACAUGGGAGAGCUCGAAUGUGUGUAUGGAGUGAUUAAUGGGGCCAAGGUACCUUAG